ACGUGCGACUCACAAGUUGAGCUGCCAUUUUGGUUUUGGUGGGGUGGUACUCAGUUCUACACAAAUUUAAAUAUUUUCGAUGAACUCGGAACUCUACUCAUCCCGUUAAUCUUAAGCAAAUGAUUCAAUGGAUGCCUCAUCGAUUAUUACGCAAGUGUCUCGCGAUGAGGAACAGCUGAACUCCUUCCCGCCGCCGGACAGAGGGAACCAGAAUGGUAAAAAGCCCAAAAGAAGUAUCCUCCGCACACUAUUUUGCUGUUGUGUGUCUGGAGAAAAUGAUUCGGGUGGUUCAGCCAACGGAGUGUGUGUGUCUGAGGAUGUCUCUCCCUAUACUCAUUUGCCACAGCCCCCGGGGCCACAGAGACACCUCCUGCCAUCCGUCAGUCACCGAGAUAUGCACAAGAAAUGCAUGGUUAUUGACCUUGACGAGACGCUUGUUCACUCAUCGUUCAAGCCAAUUAGUAACGCCGACUUCAUAGUUCCUGUCGAAAUAGAUGGAACCAUCCACCAAGUUUAUGUAUUAAAACGACCCUUUGUGGAUGAUUUUUUACAAAAGAUGGGUGAACUAUACGAAUGUGUACUCUUCACAGCCAGUCUAGCCAAGUAUGCUGAUCCAGUAGCAAAUCUUCUCGACAAAUGGGGAGUGUUCCGGGCACGGCUAUUCCGGGAAUCUUGCGUCUUCCAUCGAGGCAAUUAUGUCAAGGAUUUAAGUCGCUUAGGCCGUGAUCUUCAUAAAGUCGUAAUAAUGGAUAAUUCACCCGCAUCAUACAUCUUCCAUCCUGACAACGCUGUUCCUGUAUCAUCUUGGUUUGAUGACAUGAGUGACUCGGAACUCAUGGACCUCGUUCCCUUUCUGGAAACGUUGAGUAAGGUGGACAAUGUGUACAGUGUUCUUCGGAACUGCAACAAUCCACUAAAUUCACAGACUCCUCCUCAGCAGCAACAAGGAAGCCAAGUUCUUCCACAAAUAACCCAGGGACCUAUGACGCAAGUCCAGCCAUCACCUCCACCACUCAUUUCACAGCAGCAGCCUCAAGAACAACAGCAGCAGUCGUACCAGAAGGAUUAUGAGGAGACCAAGGAUGGUCCAUCAUGAGGGAGGAGAAUGACCACUAGGCAGGGUAUGGUGAAGGAAACCCACACACUAGUAAAGUGAGUUCUCUCUACACUCCUGCCGGCCCCCUACCCACCCGACUCCCUCAGCCACCGCUGCAACCACGGCCCACUUAUUCGUUUCCUCUGCCCUCCACACCUGGCCUCCUCCAGCUGGCCAGGGUACUUGGGGCUCGGGCACUCCACAGCACACUGGUUGCCGGGACUGAAUCCAACUGACUGCUGCUACUAUAUUGCAGUCACCAUCCCAAGUUAUUGGGUGGACUGAUAGGCAGUAAGAAGAGCCUGGUAGGUCUGGAACCAGUCGGGGAUGCAAGCGGAACUAUGAGGACUGGAGUCCCUAGUAGGGUGACUGUGUCACUGUUAUGGGUUCAAUUAGCGAAUAGGUGACAGCCAGUGGUACAGACAAUCUCUGUCCUACAUCUGAGCACACCUAUCCUCACCAGCCCUCGUAUUGUAUUGGAUGUGAGUAUUUGAUGCUGCCAGUAUGUGAGUGAAGAUUUUUUUUUGUGUUAACGAUGCUGUGCAAUGUGCUCAGCAGGAGUUUAUCAGACAAGUGCCAAGAUGAGACUCCCACUCAGUGUCAUCAUAUCAUGGAAUGCUGUAUAUUAUAGCAAUCAUACUUUAAACUGUAUGAUGUUAUGCAGCUGCUAAUUUUAACGAUUUUUACCUAAGACUUAGAGGCAUAGUUUGUGUGCUUUACUAUUUUCUGAACAAAAAGAUUUUGUGUGCCAAUGCCGAGUUCUCCCAUGUUUUUAUUUCCAGUCACCAUUAUCGACGGUGGACAUUCUGCUGUCGUUGUUUUGAUAUUCAUCCUAGCUUUCUAGGAUUCCCCAGUAAUGCCUAACCUCCAUCCUUGCUUAGUUUGUCUGUUAUUGUGUUAGAGUAGCUGUCACACCGUUGAUGCUGGGUUACGUAGGGUGAUUGGGGCUACUAAUUGUUUUGAAGCGGGAAUGGGCGGGUAGCCUAAUGGUUGGUUGGCUGGCUAAUGCAAAUGCACCACCAUAAAAUAGGCAGUAUCACUGCAAAUCCUAAAUAAAAGGUGUUUAAGGCAGCAGGUCACGUGCACGUCAGCUUCCAAAACAGACGUCCAAUAGCUAACAUGGCCUUUUUCCUCAAGUGAGUGUCUCCUCCCGUUGUCCAUAAUCUUGUUAUAUAGGUAUAGCCAAGAAAUAUAUAUACAGUAUAUAUAUAUAUUAAUCUUAUAUCUUUUAUUUUAUUUUUAUUAAUUUUAUUAUAUAUAUAAAAAUGAGAACUAUCAUGGUGGGCUAUUAAAUUUUCCAUAACUAAUGGAGAUGUUCAAAAACUUUUACUUAUCUAAUAAAGUUAUAGCCCUGUUGCACAUUAUCUCUACAGACUGUAGUGUAGAUGGUAGUGUUGCUAGAUUUUGUAAGUGGGAGAGAUGCAUUGGUGCUGUAAAUGUAACUGUUCUCUGUGAUAAUGGGCAAAACCUGGAACAAAGUUGAAUGGGAGGAGAGAACACGGCUGAAGAUUUGGAUCAUUCUGGGACCCCCUGGGCCUAGGGGAUGGAAGGAGACUCCAUGAGCAUUCUGCAUACAAAACAUAAUGUUGGUCUGUAAUAUGGGGAAUUAAUCUCAAUGCCCAGUCAUGAUGUUUUAUAUGAAAGAAGGAUCUUUAUAAAAAAGUUUUUAAAUUCAGUAAUAAUGUGAAUGUUGCGGGUCAUAACCUUUCAUUCCCUCCACCAAUAGUUGCGUGACUGGUUUUGCUGUCCCGGUGAACAACAGCCUUAGGAGAGUGCAAGGCAAUGCUGCCUGUAACUUUUUCUAACCCUGGCUGAUGUGUCUCGUCUGCAACUUUCGUAAAGCCCAUGUGGGAUGGACCACUGGUAUAUUUUCCAGCUAAGUCGAUUAAAAUGAGUUUGAUCGCAACUGUGAAUGAGGGCAAAUGACAAAGUCCGAAAAAACUCAACUCUGUUCCUCCAAUCUCGCUUCUUUCAUGACCCAUCACGACAAGCGUCGUGAUCUGCUGACCUUGUGUAACUGUCCUGCCUGCCCGAACCCAGAUAUUACAAGAUAACAUUCUCUCCAAACCAACAGCCCUAAACCCAUGGUCAACACCUACCCCUAACACUGCUUAAAUUUUUGUUUAAUUAUUAAUUAUAUUAAAUUUCCUGUUAACCAUUAGACAGUUCAGAAUUUUUAUGACAAUUUUGCCUCUAUUCUUUGAGCAAUGAUCGUCGAGUUUGUAUUUUAUGUAAAUCAAUGAUAUUUAGUGUUUGUUAAGUUUUGAGUGCACUUACAAAAUUUAGUGGUGAUCAUACAUUUCUCCUUAAAUCUUGACUUGAUUUAUGUAAAUGAUUGGUAAAUGUGUAAAAUGAUUAAAAGAUUUCUAGUCCUGAUGAAUAUGUUUGUCAGGUGCCGCAUGCGGUAGGUGUUCCCCCUUGUUGGUUUGGGCCGGUGGGAGGAGGGAGUGGUACGCAUUGUUGUUGAACGACGCUCUUGUGUACAUAGACUCCAGUACAGUACUCAGUUGCAGGCCUUAGUGUGUACAGUAUCUGGCUGAGGUGUCUGCAGCAUAACUUGUAGGAACUCUUUUUCUCAAUAUGUACAGUACAGUGGCCUUAUUAUUGUUAAUGUUUAAACACUAUGUUUUUUACUGAAAUGGAUUCUGUAGAGAUUAGAUUAUAUAUGAAUGAUAAUAAUAUCUUUAAUAAUAUCUGUGCAAGAUAGUGGAAGCGAAUGCUUCUCCGAGUAGCUCCUUUUUAUGGCAGGUGAAAUUGCAGUAUGUAUUUUUUAUUUGUUUGCUGUUGUAAAGGAGCCUUUAAUAUUAAAUGUUACAAAGCAUUUAUUGAGGAUUUAAGAGUUUGUAUUUGAAGUUUGGUUGGACAAUCAAAAUGUUUAAUGUUGAUUGCAGAGUUUAAAGUGAUAAAAAAAGAUUUACUGCAAAAUGAGACGGUGAAAUUAAUAUUCGAGUUCUGGAACAGGGGCAACGGGGCAGUGAUGCUUUGUGAUGCUUCAAGUGUUGUGUUUUCUGGUAUAGAAGAACAGUCCUUGAACUGUCACGCAGGUGUGAGGCACCCAUCGUCACAUUGGUGGAUGUAGUCUGCAGAAUGUAGGAUUUUUUCCUAGAAGUGAUAUAGAAUGUGUAAACUAAUUUUAUUACAUUGUUCAGUAGCUUUUAUGAAGUAAUACUGUCCUCUUCAGCAUCUGCAUGUGCCACUACAAUUAAAAAAAAGAAUAAUUUUUUAUGUAGUGUGUGUAAUCAGUGUAAAUUAGGCAUGAGUUUUAAUGUGACAAGCCCCGAGGAAAAUGCACUGGCAACAUACUUAUGAUGUUAAAAUGUUGUAUAUCUGUGAGUUACCCGAGUUGUUUGAGUGUGAGUGAUUGCUACAAUUUUAUAAUGAGAAUUUGUUAAUGUGGCAGUAGUGACAAUGUCUUCCCAAGUCCAUAAUGUGUUUUAAAUGCCCUUGUUUCACAACUCGAUAUUGUCAAGCUCAAGCCUCGACGCAGUCACCCGGGAUCAAAAUUAAUCGCAGGGUGUUUCCCCUUGUUUCUUGCCUUAUUGUAACAAAUAACAGCAACAUUGUCAUGUAGAAAGUACUUUGGUCACAAGAUGUUUUAUACCGAUAAAUUCUACGACAGUUCACUGUACAAAGUGAUUUUUAAAAAUUUAAUAUUUCAUCUUCAGACACAAGUUUACAUGUAAAGCAAAUAAACUUGUUUAAUAUUACUUAUUUAUCCAUACAACCCAAACUAAGCAUAUGAUGUGUGGUCUCUUGUGUUCCACAAGAAGCAGGAAACCCUUGUGAAUGUAUAGGCAUUGGUGCAAGACUGAUUGCUUGCAGUAAAUUGUGCCAUGCAAAUUAUAUUAAUGGGGCUGAUUGAAACAGAAAUUACUGCAUCUUACUAUUGAUAGAAACGUUGAGAAAAGUAAAUAGAAAUUACUUACUAUUGAUAGAAAUGUUGAGAAAAGUACUCCACAGGUGGCCCUCACUCUGCAAAAGGGUGUUUACCUGUAUGGUGCCAAAUGUGAACUUGAGUGCAAGAUCUGUGCAUGUGAAGCAAUUUCAUGUACUACAUAUAAAUACCAGUAAUACACUGACUUGUGUUUUAUGGACAUUUGGAUUACAGUAUGUUUUUGAAUACCUGAUACCUCUCAAGUUUUCUGUAUUUCAUUAUAUACUCUUUUGGGGCUUGAAAGUAGCAGAAGGGUUCAGUAAUAAUGUUCAGGUUCAUGUUCAUUUUAUUGAAAGAUGUGUUAAAACUGGACUUUAGGAGAUCUCUGGAAUGUAACCCUAUGUUUUGAUUUAUCAUGUUCAUUUUGAUAUCCAUGAAUUGCCUCUGCAUGAGGUUUUUUCAGAAAAAUCCUUUGUGCAGAUUAAGGACCACCUAUACGUGACAGCCAUUUCGGUAAUUGUUUGCAGUUUUAAAUUGAAUACUCCUCGAGCCUAGAUGACAUUCAGUAUAUUUGUGCAAAGCAUGAUAUACACUAGAUGAAAAAAUAACAAUUAUUAUGUGUAUCCACCACAUGAUAGUAGAAUGAUAUAAAUGCAGAGCUAAAUGUCAACUUGUAUUAUUUUUGUGUGAAUGCUGUGGAGUAAAGAUCUAAGUAAUGUUACAAGGCUAUGACAAAACAUUUUUAACUACUGACUAAAAUAAAAAUAACAGGAUUAAAUUAUAUGCUUUUAAUAUUA